UAGAAACUGAAUUUGGAAUAAAAGGGCGUAGUAUACUCUUUAACCUUAAAGCAAUUCAUUUUCCAAAUUCUUUUCCGAUUUAUCUAAUGCAUUUUAUAUAUGAGAAUAUUGCCUAUUACAUGUUUAAAUUAUGGACUGGAACUUUUUUUAAUGAUAAUAGUGAUCAAAAUAUUGGUGAUUAUAUUCUUAGCCAAUCUGAAUGGAAGAUUAUCGGUUAAGAAAUGCAUCAAGCACGUAAAGAGUUUCCAACUUGUUUUGGACGACCACCACGCAAUAUAGUAUUAUACCAUAAAGGUUAUAAAGCUAAAGAAUGGGCUGCCUGGAUUACCAUGUAUUCAUUGCCUCUUUUGAAAGGUAGAAUGCCACAGAAACAUUACAAAGGAUGGGCAAAAUUUGUUAAUGCUGUACGUUUAUAUCAAAAAUUAUCAUUAACAUCUCAAGAUAUAAAUGAUAUUAGAUUUUUAUUUCAGUCUUUUUAUGAUUAUUAUGAAAAAGAAUAUUAUCAAAGUUUGGAAGAGUGGCUAAGUACAAUGAAAUUAUGCUUUCACAACCUUUUACAUAUUGCCGAUAGUAUAGAAAACACAGGUCCAUGUUGGGCUACAUGGCAAUUUCUGAUUGAAAGAGUCUGUGGAAUGUUACUUCCUUUAGCUCGUUCACGGUUACACCCUUACAAGAAUAUAAUUAACAAUAUACAUGUAUUGGAAAUGUUCAAUCAUUUACAAUUUUAUCAAAAUAUGCAUACAGCAAUAUUUCCUUUACAAGAAGUCAAGCACAAUUCAAAUAAUCUUGCAUAUUCUCAACCUGAUUCUGAAGAAGUAUUGCGAUCUCCAUCAAAAAGGCAUAAUCUUAGGCAGUCAGAAUUAAAAAAAAUUAAAGAGCAUUUUUCCACGACUCACAAUGUUAGAGGCCGAAAGUUAAUGGUAAUUAUGGAAGUGGAUAGAUGGUCUUCAUUUCCUCAGAAAACACCAGAAUUUGUAUUGAAAAAAUUUUAUGGACAGGUUGAAUAUUAUCUUGCUUACGAAUUUGACAAAGUAACUUAUAUGUUAGCAUAUAUUCAUUGGACUGCAGAUGUUAGAGAAGAUAGUGCAGGUCUUAUUUCAUUUCAAAAAUUUGGAGCGCAUGAAUUCAUUGAUGCAUUUGCUAUAGACCAUUAUGUAGGGUUUUUUCAGAUUAAAACUACUUAUUAUGUAAUAGAUAAGGAUGUAGAUUAUACAGAUGAAUAA